AGUAGCCGGCACUUCUUCAAUUCUUCCUCCUCCCCGAAUUCCUGAUAAUUCCUUAUAAUUCCAAAACAACUUUUUUCCCUGCAAAUCGGAUUACAAAAAACUAGAAGAAUAAACCGCGAAAAAUUCCGUGAGUGUUACCUCACCCUGAGACCUUGAGGAGAACCAUAAAUCUUUCUUCACCAUAUAUAAUAUGGCGGGGAUAAACGACAGAUCUCGUGAUGAAGUGGUGCGUUCGAUCGUGUCCCUCCUGGUGACAGAGAAGCCCCCGUACAACAUUACGAUACCAAAAUUAGAGUCGAUUUACCGAAACACCGAGGACGAGAGGAUUCCCUACAGAGACCUCGGGUACCCAUCGAUCAUCGAAUUUCUACGAUCAAUUCCCCAGAUUGAGCUAACCACACGUGACGGUACGAAUUUGAUUAAUUUCCUGGGCUCGGAGAAGAGUCGAGGUGUUAGUGAACUCGUGGCUAAACAGAGAUCAAACCCGAAGAACACCAGGAGUCGGUCUGUGUGUCGACGUGGCAUACCCUCAGGUUAUUUUCCCAGGAGUCACAGUGCAUUUCCAUCGAGGAAUAACGACGUAGCCAGAGGCAAUGACAAUAUUUCCAGGAACAACGAGAAUACCUCCAGGAUUUUUGAGAAUUCAUCGAGGCUGAGCUCCGAAGUGCUGGAGGUUCUCCAGAGGUCGGGUAAUGGACUCUCGAAGACGACAUUGUUGCAUAAAAUGAGGGAAAAACGUCUGGGAUACAUCGACAUGACGAGUCUGAACGAUAUUUUGAAUAAUCUCGGUGGAAAAAUUGUCGUCAAGGACAACGUGGUGUUCUCGCGGACAGGAAGUCAGGAGAUCUCGUGGGACAGGAGUGAACCUGUGACGCCGAAACCUGUAAUAAUAAAAAACGAUCACGUGGAGACUAGAGGAAAAAUGGAGGACUUCUUUGAGGAUGAUUUUGAGUUUGAGUCCAGAGGAAAUAUUACCCAGCAGUCCGGACCCGCUGGAAACUCUCUGAAGACUGCACCUGAGGUUCCAGUGGCGUCAAAAUUGUCAGAAGUGUCGGAAGUGCCAGUGGGCCAGGGAAUUUCUAACGGAAGUUCGAGGGCAAUUCCUGCACUGGACGAUCCCAGGACUCAGGCUGAGGUGGAUCUCGUUAUUGGCUCGAGGAUGAGAUUCAGACUUGAAAAACUCAUCCAGAAUCGUCCCCAGGGCAUCUGGUGUGCAGAAUUGGCUAAAGUUUAUAAGGAGGAAUACAAUUUAGAUCUUACCUGGCAGGAGCUGGGGUUCAACAGUCUCAGUGACCUUGUUCUUCAUCUUCCUGAUAUAUUCCGAUGUGUCCAGCCAAGUCCAUCUGAGGAUUUUCGACUGUUCGACGCCAAGAAUAAGGACCAGGGAAUUCUCCCAAUGAGGAGCACCCUCAGCUCGAUUCAUCAAAUUUAUAUGGACCCUGAGGACGAUGUGAAGGCUGUCCCCACUGGAUUGUCUCCUCAUCAGAUUAAUAAACUCAUUCCUGAGGAUGUUAUGCUCCUUGGGGAGACUGUUGGACAGGUGCUCAUUGACUGCUUCAAUCAAGAGGACAAGGGGUACGAGGAGGUCGUCGUCUGUGACGCCUUCACUCCCUCUUUCUUCUGGAUUCAUCUCCGGAGGAAGGUUCUUAAGCUCGAGGCCAUGAUGGAGAGACUGCAGGAUUUUUAUGCGGCGGCUGGGGAUAAUUACAGUGUUCCUCUCAUUGUUCUCGAGAAGGGGCUCAAUGUUGUAUGCAAAUUCUAUGGAAAAUGGCAUCGGGGAAUUGUCAAGGCUGUCGAUCCUGAUGCUGAAUCCACUACUACUGUUUUGUUCUAUGAUUAUGGAACACUUCAUACGUAUCCAGCAAGUGCCAUGCACUUUUUACACAGGAAAUUCUCACAGCUACCUGCACAGGCCAUUCCAUGUGGACUUUAUAAUAUCAAACCAGUGGAGGAUUCAGCUGUUGUUGGCUCUGAUGGCAAGGCCAGGUGGUCCAUUCAGACAAGUCGUCGAUUUGUGCAGAGAGUACAUGAUAAACCACUCGUCGCUAUUUGUGGGAAGAUGUUUCCGGAGAAUAAUUCCAUGCUGCUGAGCCUGACAGAUACAUCCAGCGAGGAUGAUGUGAACAUCGCUGAGUGGCUGGUGGAGAAUGGACUAGCUGUUCACGGUUCGAUGGUUCGUAUCAGGCCAAAAAAUUUCCUCUACAAGUAUUUCCUCACCUGUAAACCCAAUCCGUUAUCAAAAUUAUCACCAAUUGUAAAGCCCCCGCCCCCAGUUGACGUAUCAAAAUUAUCGAACAGUGAGAAAAGAGUUGUCAGUAAAAUCGAAACUUUAAGAGCUAAAUUGUUGGAGAUUGGGAGAGUUAAGCGUGAAUUCAAGUGUCUCCCUAAAUGUCCCACGUGUGGGCAGUUGAUUGAAGGAAGAGAAGAAGUCAUAGAUGCUGGUCAGGUGAAUGGGAUUGAGUCUGAUCAUGAAGUGGUUGAUGAAGUCCCUCGACUCGAUCCAUUUCGCGUUAAAUCAAUUAGCCAUUGGGUAGACACUGGCUUUUUAAUUACGGGAGAUACUGUUGCUCCUGAUGCCGCUUCUGCAUGGGAUGAGGUUUUUAUUCAAGAUGAGAUAAAAGGUGACAAUCAAAUUGAUGAUAAAAUUAAGGCUGGAGUUGGUGGUGGAAUUGGAGCUAAUGUUCAAGCUCAAAUUAAAGCUGCUAGAGCUGAAGUUGAAGCUGAAGUUGAAGCCGAAGCCGAAGCCGAAGCCGAAGCCGAAGCCGAAGUUGAAGCCGAAGCAGGAGCCGGAGCCGAAGCUGACGUUAAAAUUAAAAUUGCUGCAGCUGGAGCUGAGACUGGAACUGCAGUAGAAGCUAAAAUGAAUACUGAAGAUAAAGCUCAAAUUGAAGCUGAAGAAAAAAUUGAAGAUGAACCUGAAAUCACUCGAAUGCCUCUCCACCUGAUCUCUCCAGCUCCUCUCUCUGCAGAUGAUGCAGUAUCCGAGUGGGACGUUGUCCUGAAACCCAAGAGGCAGUGCCUGGCUACGGGGGUCAUCGACUGGGACACCCUGAACAUCACUGACAAAAAUCCAGCCCCAAAACCAGUGGACAAACUCGAGAUCCUCAAGAGCAUUCCCAAACCAAAACGAGAGAUCAUUGAAACCGAUGAACGACUUACCUACGAUGGAGGAUCCAUCGGGAGGCAUUCGUCCUUGGAGGAAGACGAAGAUGAGAUGUAUGAGAUGAUUCAACCGAUCAUCAGGCAGGCGUUGAGAAAUAAUCGAAAGCCCCUGAAAGCCUCCAGAGUUGUCAUCCGCGGAUCGUUCUUUGCUCAGGGGUCUAUGCGAAAAGCUUCAGAUGUCUCCGGGUCAUCCCGAUUUUUCUCUCAAUUUCCAUCUGGUGUGAAGGAAAAUUCAGGGAGUGAUGGAACAUCUAAAUUUAAUGAUGAGGAAGGGGAAACACUUGGGGUAGAAGGAGAGGAAGAAAUAGAAGAAAUAGGAGAAAUAGAAGUUGCAGAGAGCGAAAAUAUUGAAGUUGAAGAAAAGGAAGACCCGAGGAAAAUCAAAUUUUCUUCUCCACGGGAUCCAAUUGACUCAUCAAUUCCUCAGGAAAAUUCCAAGGUGUUGAUCGAAGAAAUCGCCUCGAGUGAGGAAGAAUUAAAUGAUGGAGUUGAUGCAGUAAUUGAAGACGAUUAUGACAAGAGAACUCCCCGAGUUCUGGUUGAAACUUCAUCAUCAGGUAGUGAUAACGUUGAAAUGGUCUCGGUGUACGCUGAAUUCUUGAAGAAAUCCCCACACUUCAGGAAACAAAUACUCGAGGCUAAAAGGUUCGACGAAUCCCUCGAGCUGGACUCGGAUGAUGAAACGAGUGGAGUCUCAGCUGAUGAAGGGCCUCCAGAAGAUGAAGAGGUCGAUGAAGCUGUUGAUGUAAAAACAGAUGAGAUCAUUUCCAGUGGAUCGAUAUUAAAAUCAAAUGACGAUUUGGAGAUUAAUGAUGCGAAGAGUCGAAUAACUAAUGGAAAUAUUUCUGGUGAUAUUCUAGUUUUUGAUGAUGUCGACCUGGAGGAUGAUUCCAUGUUCGAUGAUGAAGACUUCGAUGUCUAUUUCGCUGGCGAAGACGUUUUUUGCAGGUUUAAAAAUCAAUUGAUCAAUGCGGAUACGAAAAAAAUGAUUGACUGUUCAAAAGAACUUCCUGAUGAUGUCGAGGAAGUCUUCAGAGCCCCUGAAGACUCUGACAAAUCAAUCGUAAGUGUUUCGACACUAAGACUCUUAAGUUCUCAGCAUAAUUGACAAUGUCCAUUUCAGAUUUUAUUCAAUUCCAUUCUCUAUAAUUUUGAUACCGACAUUCGGGGCUGGCACUCCGUUAUCGAAAGUCAAUUAAAAAUACUUCCUGUUAGUUAACAAGUGGAUAAACAAUUAAUUGAGACACUGACGAAAACAAUUUAUAUAGAUAGAUAAAGAUAUCUAAUUACAACAAAAAACGCACGAACUGUCGAAUGAAGAGUCUCAAGACAAUUAAUUAAUUAAAAACAUUGUAAAAUUCUAUCAGAAAACGGUAAUUAGAUGGAAGCAUCUAAUUGCAAUUGACCGAUGCCUUUCAACGAACAGAUGUAAAAAAUUUUAUAAAAUGAAACGAUUAAUAAAAAA